AUCGGCAUUUCAUCAAACAGAUGAAGAAGAUCAAAUGAUCUCCCAAAUAUUUCCCCUCUUCUGCAGAAUCCGAUUUUAAUAAUUUGGUUCAAAGCUGAAGAGAGAUGCUGUCGUCGCCGCGAGACAACUGGGAGAGGCUGGUGGCGGCGGUGGUGAAGAGAGAAGAAAUAUGGCAACUCUGCCACCAAAACUCCUUCACCACCAUUUCAUCUAACAGUCAAAGACCUUCUAAUUCCAGUGAAGAAAUUAUCAGAAUCUCGAGGAAUAGUUUGAAGAGUGAUUUCGUGCCACCGCAGCAGCGUGAAGCUCAGCUUGCUAGCAGUUCUGGCAUUGAAGCUAGGAAAAAUGCUUCUGGACCUUUUACAAGGAGGCUGUUUUCUGCUGUGCCUUGGAGAAGGAAACCGAAGGACUAUGCUCUGGAUGAAGCUUUGGUUGGAAUUCCUGAGGAUCAUUUUGGACUUCGGAGCUUUUCCCUACACGAGCUACUCACUGCAACAGACAAUUUUAGCCAAUUAAACAUCCUUGGACGUGGUGGAUUUAGUACGGUGUAUAAAGGUAGACUGGCAGAUGGCACUUUAGUGGCGGUUAAAAGACUACACAUUGGUGCAAGCAUUGGGAUAGAAUUGGAAAUUACAAGCAUUGCUGCACAUUGCAAUGUAAUCCGUGCUCGUGGGUUUUGCAUUGAUAAAAAAGAGCAGAUUCUUGUUUAUCCUUACAUGUCUAAUGGAAGUGUAGCGUCCUGUUUGAGAGAAAGAAAAGAGGCACAGCCUCCACUCGACUGGAAAGUGAGAAAAGGGAUAGCACUGGGUGCUGCAAAGGGUCUAGCCUACUUGUAUUAUGAAUGCCUAAGGAAAUUUAUUCAUCGUGAUGUUAAAGCUGCGAAUAUAUUGUUGGAUGAAGACUUCAAAGCAGUUGUAGCUGAUUUCAGCUUGGCUGUGGAUUGCGACAAUGGUGACAUUGUUGCUCCGGUAAAAGGUACAAUUGCUCAUAUUGCUCCUGAACACUUUGCUACUGGUAAGUGUUCAGUGAAAACUGAUGUUUUUGGUUAUGGAGUAUUUCUUCUUGAGCUCAUCACAGCAAAAAAAAGUUAUGGUCUUUCUCGGGGUGCCAGUGAAAGUGAUGCGGUGUUACUUAAUAUGGUGAAGGCAAGUUAUAAGGAGGGACAAUGGAAAACCAUGAUUGAUGCAGACCUCCAAUGGUAUAUGGUUGAUGAAGAGGUGGGAGAGUUGUUGCAAAUAGCUCUGAUCUGCACACAAACUGAUCCAGAGUUACGUCCAACAAUGUUAGAAGUUGUAAGGAUGCUAGAAGUUGGAAAUGGCUUUUUUGAGAGGUGGGAAGAGUGUGAGAUAGAUUUCACUGACAAGAAUUUUGAAGUUGCACAUCUUAGGAGGUUUACCAUACAUGAAGUGAUGGCUGCAACAGAGGACUUUAGCAAGAAAAUUAUAAGUAGAGAUGGUUUUAAUAUGAUCUACACAGGCUGUUUGGUUGGUUCGCGAGUUGCUGUUAAGAGAUACAAUUCACAGUCUCUAGAAUAUUAUUUCAAAAAAGAGUUAGACAUUGGCAGAAUUUGUUUGCAUCCAAAACUUGUUCAUGUGAUUGGAUUUUGCCAUACACCAGAAGAGCGGCUGCUUGUUUUCCGCUUGAUGGUCCACGGAAGUGUCGAAUCAUGGCUAAGCGGGAGAGAUGAAUCAUGCCCUCCUCUCACUUGGCGAAAGAGAAGAAACAUAGCACUUGGUGCUGCAAGGGGUCUAGCUUAUUUGCAUGAUACAUGUCAAAGGAAAAUCAUCCAUCGCGAUGUCAAAGCUGCAAAUAUAUUGUUAGAUGAUAACUUUGAAGCAGUUGUUGCUGACUUCAAGUUGGCUAAAUUCGUGGACUACGGCAGGACUCAUAUUACCACAACUGUAGCAGGGACAAUUGGCCAUAUAGCUCCCGAGUGCCUUGCUAGUGGCAAGUGUUCGGAUAAAACUGAUGUUUUUGGCUAUGGAGCCUUUCUGCUUGAGCUCAUCACAGGGAAGAGAACUAUCGAUCUUCUUGACAUAGCUGAUGAUGGAGACAUGAUGUGUGCUGAUUGGGUAAAAAGAAAUUACGAAGAUAGAAGAUGGGAAUCGAUGGUUGACAAAUAUGGUGGAGAUGAUUCCAUGGAGGCAGUGGUGAAGCAGCUGGUGAAUAUAGCUGUUCUCUGCACACAAUACGACCCAGACAAACGUCCAAGGAUGUCGGAUGUGGUAAGGAUGUUGGAAUCUGGUGGUGGCUCGGCUGAGUGGUCUGAGGAAGAAGUCAGAAAAGAAGAGUAUCCUCUCAACAUUUAUCCCAAUUCCGAGUUGAUAGGUGGUAAUGACAUUUAUAGUUCUGGUUUAGACGAAGUUCUAUCUGGGCCAAGAUGAUCAUGCUAUUUUAUUUCAAUCAUCAUGUACUUAAUUGAUUGCAUUACAUUUGAUGUGUUUGAUGUACUGUGUAAUAAAUUUCUAUUAGCCUA